AUGGUUCGUUUCCAAACACAUUCCUUGCCAAACAAGCAACAAUGUCUAUCUCUUCUAAAAUCUUGUCAUUCAAUCAACCAACUCUAUCAACUCCAAGCACAAAUUCACCUCAACGCUCUUCACAACGACACCCAUUUGUUCUCAGAACUCGUUUACUUCUUCUCACUCACUCCCUUCAAAAACCUCACACACGCACGUAAACUCGUUUUCAACUUUUCCAACAACCCAUCACAGAUUUCAUGGAAUAUUCUAAUCAGAGGUUAUUCAUCAAGUGAUUCUCCAUUUGAAUCCAUCUGGGUAUUUAAAAAAAUGCGAGAAAAUGGUGUUAAAUGUAAUAAACUUACUUACCCUUUUAUUUUCAAGUCUUGUGCUAUGGGUUUAUUGUUACGUGAAGGAAAACAGGUUCAUGCUGAUGUUGUUAAGUGUGGGUUGGACUCUGAUGUUUACGUUUGUAAUAAUUUGAUUAAUUUUUAUGGUUGUUGUAAGAAAAUUGUUUAUGCGCGUAAGGUGUUCGAUGAAAUGUGUGUGAGGACGAUUGUUUCGUGGAACUCGAUUAUGACUGCUUGUGUUGAGAGUGUUUGGUUGAGUGAGGGGAUUGAGUAUUUUUUUAAGAUGAGGGGUUGUGGGUUUGAACCGGAUGAGACGAGUAUGGUGUUGUUGUUGACUGUUUGUGCUGAGUUAGGUUAUUUGAGCCUUGGGAGAUGGGUUCAUUGUCAAUUGAUUUUGAGAGGUAUGGGUUUGAGUGUUCAGUUAGGUACUGCUCUUGUUGACAUGUAUGGUAAAUCGGGUGCUUUGGGUUAUGCUAGGGUUGUUUUUGACAGAAUGGAAAAGAGAAAUGUGUGGACUUGGAGUGCUAUGAUCAUGGGGUUAGCGCAACAUGGUUUUGCCGAGGAAGCUCUUGUUUUGUUUGGAAUGAUGAGUGACAGAAAAAGUAAUAACAUUUGCCCUAAUUAUGUGACUUAUCUUGGUGUUCUAUGUGCCUGCAGCCAUGCUGGGAUGGUUGAUGAGGCUUUCCGAUAUUUUCAUGAUAUGGAAUUUGUUCAUGGGAUCAAACCCAUGAUGGUGCAUUAUGGAGCCAUGGUUGAUGUAUUGGGACGUGCUGGCCUUCUCAGCGAAGCUUAUAGGUUUAUACAAAAGAUGCCUUUUCCACCUGACCCGAUUGUAUGGAGGACUUUGUUAAGUGCGUGCACGGUUCAUGAUGAUUGUGACCGUACUGGGAUAGGGGAUAAAGUAAGGAAGAGGUUGCUUGGAAUGGAGCCAAAGAGGGGUGGGAAUUUAGUUAUUGUUGCUAACAUGUAUGCGGAAGCAGGAAAGUGGGAAAAAGCGGCAAAUGUUAGGAGGGUUAUGAGAGACGGAGGUUUGAAGAAGAUGGCUGGAGAGAGUUGUGUUGAUUUGGGUGGUUCAUUAUAUAGGUUCUUUGCUGGGCAUGAUUCUCGCCCGGAUUUGAUGCCUGUCUAUGAUCUGCUGGAUGGAUUGAACCUACACUUGAGGAUGGUUCACUAA